AUCUGUUCGUAUGUACUAUGUAGUCGCUUAUACGAACGUUCGAACACCAACUAUUCAGUACCAUCUGUGUUCGUUUGGCGGAAUGAGGUAACGCCUGUUGUUGAGGUCGAAGUUCGUUUCCAGGUUUUGUGUUUGGUUAAAAUUGUGCAGUAUGGUUUGAAAAAAUCGUGAAUUUCUUUAAAUGAUUAAUGUUUAUACGAUGACUGUUUUUUAUUUCGUUACUAGUACUAUAAAUAGUGUGCAUACUUAGAUAAGCUUCAAGAAUGCUGAAAUUCGCCCUCUUCGUAGUUCUACUUGGUAUUUUGGUGAAACCGGGACAGUUUCAACAUGAAGACGUAUACGAUGACGAAUUUCUUCAAUCACCCGAUCAAAUGCUUCGUAAAUUUUGGGGAAUUCAAGAUGUAACCACCUCAGUUGGAAAACUUUUUUACUACAAGGUUCCCAAUGAUGCAUUCAAAGGGACCAUUCUAUACUACGAUGUGGUUGGUGAAAAAAAUUCCACAUUACCAAAUUGGAUGAUUUUCGAUAAAAAAACCGCAGUGCUUGAAGGAGUACCGUCAAUAAAUGAUGUCGGAGAUACUAGAAUAAAUGUGAAAGCUUACGAUAAUAAAGGACAAUCUGUCAGUGAUAUGUUUGUGGUUGAAGUUUACCCUUUAUGGGAAUCUGACACUAAUAAUAAGAGAAAAUGUAAAAAAGGCGAAGGAGUGAUGAUGAUUACUCUCGUCAUUAAUAAAAAUUUCGACAAUAUCACGCCUACGCAAAAAAUACUUGCAUUGAGAAAUUUGGCAAAAUAUUUGCAUUUACCUGUGAAUACGCUUCUAUUUUUAAAUUCAAAAGGAAACUUGGAAAGUAAUUCAGAAACGUCGGUAUUUGGUAACGAAGUUAAUGAAAAUAAGGAACAAAAUACAUCAGUCAUUACCUGGCAGAUUGGCUGCAAAGAGAAGAUCUGGGCAGAGAAAUUGCAAAUAGUAGAGUUAGUUGAGAAGUACAUGAAAGAUGGCACCUUAGCUGAACAAUUACAAUUGCCUAUCUUACGUUGGCAGAUUGCUUCUAGCUUCAAUCCUUUCAGAACACGAAGACAUGCCGAACAAAAGGAUAAUCAUCUAAAAGAAGAUGAUAAAGACGAUGCUGGUUUAGAUGACGAUGCAGAUGAAGACGAUGAAGUUGAUGAUGAGCCUGAACUGGAUGAAGAUAAUGCUCAAUCUGAAAACAUUUUACCCAGUUCAGCAUCUCCUGUGUAUCCUGAAAUAACUAAUACCCGGCUGUAUCAACACGGACUUGAAACAUCUAAACCACCUUCAAAUAAGAAACCAAUUACCGAUAGCGUUAUUAUGAAUCAAACCUUGUCUAAACUUGAUAUUAGUCCAAACUCGACGAGUUUUUCGUUACCAUCUGAGCAACCGGAUAAUGAUGAAGACACGACGGAAGCCAUAGACAACUCGGAUUCGGAUGACCUCCUGAUCAACUGGACCAAGCAAAACUAUUCGGCUGGUGUUGAUGAACGAGGAAUGCAAGAUAACCUGGAUUCGCCACCUCCUAAUGUUUCAACUACAAAUGUUGUUAGUACUGAAAAGAGCACAACUCAAUUACCAAAACGUUACCCUCCACAAGUUAAACGUAAUAUGGAACAAAUCGUCGUCGAAGCUGGAAAGCCUCUCAAAAUGUCAAUUCCUGAAGAUAUUUUUAUCGAUGCCGAAGACGGAAACACACGCAAUCUUACUUUGAAACUCUACAAACCCGAGGAAUGUGUUGUAUAUGCGCCGUGGAUUCAUUUAACUGAUACUCAAGAAUUACAUAUUUUCACCUCUUUGGAUACAAUUUCAAAACACGAGCUGAUAUUGGAAGCGAUCGAUUCGGAUAAUAUGGGCGUUAACACGAGCAUAAUUGUAAACGUGCAACAUCCACAAAAUGCUCGUACCAUCAAUUUUGAAAUUUCCCUCCAUUUCAAGUUGCACGAAAAUCAAAAUUUAACAGUGCCUAUGCUAUUUGAAGUAUUGAAUAUAGUAUCCGAAUUGUAUAAGGAUGCAGACUAUGGAAAAAUGACCAUUCGUAAUGUCACUUGCAAUCCGUUUGUCCUCACUUGGGCCAACACGACGUUACCCAGAGAUCACUGCGAUAAUAAAACGAUCAUGAAUUUAAUCAAUGUAUUAAACAACGGAUCUUCGAGUAUGGAUGUUCAAAAACUUGUUUAUCUUGCUUUCGAAGGAAAUGGCAUCAUCGUCGAAAAAUUAACUUGGCGGGGAAUCACACUUUGUAAUGAAAUACCACCUCCACGUCUUCCUAUGGCAGAAAGAAACAAUUUCCUACCAAUUCUUCGCAAUAGAAUCGAUAAUAUCACCGCUACUGUAGGCGAAUUGAUGGUAUUCAGAGUUCCUGAGGACACGUUUUUCGAUGCUGACGAACCAAAUGGUCGUAACUUGAAGUUGAAUGUAUACACUAUGGACAAUCAACCGAUCAAUGCUGAUAAUUGGUUGCAAUUUGAUACAACUAAUCAAGAAUUCUAUGGUUUACCUAUGUCUAAUAAUGUCGGAUCUGUUAAAUAUCAAUUGGUAUGUAAUGACAAUAAAGAAGACACCGAAAGUAUGAAAGUCAGGCACGUUAUUGAAGUAGUCGUUCAGCCAGCUGCCAAAAAUAAUUUCAACGUGGAGUUCAGAAUGAAACUUAAAAAAUCGUACGACGAUUUUAUCAAAUCACAAACUUUAAAGAGAAUAUUUGUAGAAAAACUGGCCAAAUUAUUUGACGAUAAAAACACCUCAUCUAUUGUAAUUAGCGGAUAUUCUCCUGAUUCUUUAUCGUCAAAUUCUCUCAUUAUUACAUGGCAUAAUAAAUCAUUACCAUUCAAUGACUGUGAUGAACCAGAAAUCACCAAGUUGAGAAAAGUUCUUUUAACGGACGAAAUGAAAUUGGUAACCGAAGUGAACGAAAUUUUAAAGCCAGACUUCGAAGCUGUUUCCAUAGAUAUCUCUCCCACUGGUAUUUGUGAAGGUAGCUUAACAGAACAUCAUAUCGAACCGCCUGAAGUCAACACCGGAUCUCAAGAAAUACAUGCUAUCAUUUUUGAUAACAUUAUUUUCGUCAACUCAGUCCUUCCAAUAGCCAUUAUCAUCGUUAUGAUACUGGUUGCCAGCCUGAUCGCUUGCGUAUUAUAUAGACGUCAACACAGAACUGCAAAAUGGACUCUGGGCGAUGACGAAAAAAGAACGUAUCGCAAUAAAGGCAUUCCUGUUAUAUUCCAAGACGAACUGGAAGAACGCCUGGAACCCACUAAUAAAAGUCCCAUUAUAUUAAAAGAAGAAAAACCACCUCUUCCACCUCCUGAUUAUAAUAAAGUCCCUCCUGUUGCCACGACCGCUUUAUUAUCCGAUUUUGAUGACUCGUCGCGUCAACAAGGAAGCGGAACUUAUUCCCGUAGCAUGGAACGCAACGGUCGCUCCAAACCAACGCCUAUUUACCGAAAACCACCUCCUUAUGUUCCACAAUAAUAUUCCUCAAACUUAUAGCGCUUUUUUGUUUCCUGUUCUAUAUACUUAGAUUAUUGCAUUCUUUUAACCAUUUAUUAUAUUAAGGUACCUAUUUAUGAACUUUUUAAAUUCCUUUCGAAAAACGUUCAUUUGUAGAACGUUUAUUCUCUAACAUUCAAACAGUUGAAGAGCGAUAUUCCAAAACGCCCUGUCCAUUUUUUAAAAUUUAAUUUUUAAUCUGUUAAAUUGGCUAUUCGGGCGAGUUUAAAACUUUAUUUGGGUGGAUUUAUGAUGUAGGAGUGUAGCUAUACAUUUCAUCCUUCAGAUACCGCUAAAAAAAAAUUUGAAUAAAAAUGGACAAAAUGCGUUUAGGAACACUUUUUUUUCUAACGCAAUUCAAAAAAAAUGGACUAAGGGCACUUUGGAAUAUCGCUCCUCAGUUAUUUAAUUCGUUCCUUGAUUUUUCGACAGUAUUUCAAAGAUUGCAAUUAUUGUAUUAUAUCGGUCCUUGUGUUUGCGACAGUAUUUCAAAGAUUGCGGUUGUUUUAUAUUAUUGGUCCUUGUAUUUCAAUUAUUUUUUAUCGACUAUUUUUUUUUAUUUUUUACUUCGACUAUUUUCUUUUAAUUUUAAUUUUUGGUUUUAAAGUAGUCAUUUAUAUUGUAUUUUGUUUCUCUUUUUUUUUUUUUUGACUAACUACUUUGUAAGUAUUUGUUUCUUUUUUUUGACUAUCUCUUUUGUAAUUGUAACGAUUUUUUUACGUGUUCAUUUUAUAUUAUUGUGAAUCGAUGUUUCGUUAUUUUUAUAAUUUGAUUUGUGAGUCUUAUGUGUUAAAAUGUUGGAACUAAAUAGUUUCCUUUUGUUUUAUAUAUGUAGAUGUUAAAUAUUAUGAAAUUUAGUAACUUAUUCUUGGAAUUUGGUAAACGAUAAUUGAACUUCGGUGCAUUUCAUUUCUUUUUUUUUGUUUUUAAGUUAACUCGGAUAUCUUUGUAGGUUGUUUUGUUUUAUUUUGUUAGUGUGAUUUGAGAAAACAAUAAUUUUUUUAAUUUAUUAUGUGAUCUACAUUCUACACUACAUACCAAGUAAUUUUACAUAUCCCAAAAAUUCACGUGCUUAUGAAUAAUUUAAAAUAUCUAUGCAGUUGCAUUUUUAUAAGAUAAAUGAAGAAUUUAUUUUAUUAUUGAUUAUUGUUAAAGUAUUAUGAACAUAUCUAAGGCAUAUCAGCGUUCUAAAGAAACAAUCGUAACUCACUGCUUGAUAUUAUGUUUUUAUCAUGUUGAUCAAUGUAAUUAUGUUGCAACUGAGUUUAUGUAAGUCUUCCUAUUGUAGUUCCCCUUAACUCUCUCACAGCGGUUGAUUGUAGUAGUCAUUGAAUUAUUUAUUAAAUCAGAUCAAAUUUUUAAAAAGUGUAAUAAAAAUUUUUGAAAAAUA